AUUUUUGCAGAGCAGACUGAAUUCAUGCGAACACGUUUGACCUCAGAAAAGUUUGUUCCUAACACGUAGCUGGUCUUAAUUUCUCCUUAAGGAACACUUUUAAAGGAAAUAUCACAAAACAGAACAUGAAAUCAGCAUCUGUCCUUGGGAUGAUGUGGGUCAACAUCCGUGUUUGUCUCCCCUUCACAUUAAUGGUCAUCGCUUUGAGUGGUGCAGUGCGAUUAGAUGGUGCUCCCGUCACCUACUACAUGAACCUUCUGCUUUCAAACCUUGUCCAGCUGGGUGCUAUGGUUGCCUUAAUGACGAAGAUAAAUGAGUAUCAAUCCAAUACAGAAUUUCCUAUUGUUUUCGGCUGUGGUGCAUUAGCCAGUCUUUGCUUCAGAACAAUCAUUGCUCUUGAGAGAUAUUUUCUUAUCUCCUGGCCACAGCUUCACUUCAUCAGACAAACAAAAGUUUCUGUCCUGUUCUGUCUUUUGAUCUGGGUUUUUUGUGUAGUUAUUUUUCCUGUUUUUAUACAUCUUGGACUAUUUUUAUUAUUCUGUAUUUUCCCCUUUAUUCCUGCUCCAGUGUUCAUCCUCUGCCUCACUCUCACCAUCAAAAACCUGCGCAAAGCCACCUCCGUCUCUGCCAGAGAAAAAAAAAGAAUUAUUGGAAGUUUACUUCUGUUGUUCUGUGUUUACUCUUUAAUGGUUCUUCCUCUAAUUUAUUAUUUGUUCGGGUUUCGUCUCAAACAAAAAAUCUCCUUGUGCUUUUUUCUGUUAAGUCCUUUCAUGGACUUAAUUCUGUUUCUCUUUAUGUAUAAAAACUUGACAAGCUGCUGCAGUGUUUCUGCAGCUGCAGAACGGGAGUCACUGAAGGAAAGAGAAACAAUCAAAACAAUGUUUGAAGAUUAUCUUAACGUGAUGAUUUGGAUGGACAUCCGUGUCUGUUUUCCCUUCACUUUGCUGGCCGUCGGUUUGUGUUUUAUGGUAUAUUUGGACCAGCAUCCAGUUGCCUACUAUGUGAACCUGCUUAUUGCUAAUCUAAUCCAACUCAUCACUCUGAUUUUUAUUGCAACUAAUAACCUAAAAGAUUUAGAUGACAUAAAUUCCACAUGUGUUAUUAUCUACGGUGCUAAUGCAAUGGCUAGUCUCUACUUCAGAGUGAUUAUUGCUCUGGAAAGGUGUUUCUUCAUUAUCUGGCCAAAGCUGCAGUUCAUCAGACAAACAAAGACAUCUGCGAUUAUCUGUAUUUUGGUCUGGAUCCUCUGCAUUGUGCUUUUCCCUCUUUUGAUAUUUUUUUAUCAGAGAUUGAUCUUCUUUGUUUUUGCUCUGAUUCCUUCACCCAUGUUCAUCAUCUGUCCACUUGGAACCUUCUUUUCUCUGCCAAGAGCUACCUCAGUAUCUCCUGAGGGAAGACGUAGAAUUGUGGGGACUAUGUUUCUGUUGAUAGUUAACUACACCCUAACAAUUGUUCCACCAACUAUUGGCUUUAUUUCUUAUAUACCUUCUGAUCGAUAUUAUGAACAACAGGUUUUAGUGACCUUGUUUCUUCUCAGUCCUUUCAUUGAUCUAUUUCUGUUUGUUUUCAUGCGCAAAGGACCUAUUGACGACUUUCUAUCAUGUCUCUGCUGCUGUAAGAUGGAAACCUCUGCAGUAGAUGACAGCAGUUUAUCUGCUUGAGUUUGGCUCAGAUAGUUAAUAGAAGAAAUUAACACUGUCUAAGAACAAAUCCAAUGGGACUUUAACCCCUUUAUGCCUGAAUAUACAAAAAUAUAUACAAAUGUUUUUGUGACUUACCAUUGGCUGUUGUUUCAAGCCUGGAAAUAUCUCUAAUUUUUUGUAACAUUUAUUUGCUGAGUUGGAAAAUUAGGUUAAUUUCCCCAGAUGGACAGACUUAAACCUAUAAUACGGCGGUUCAUAUGGGGUGCCGUUUGUAAAGUUAAGCUGUCAAAAAUGAGAAGCAAUACGUAUGGUUAUUUAGUGUGUUUUAAUAAAAAUAAUGUUUUUUUUCCGAAGUAAAUUUUUCAAUAUGUCAUUGAGUUAUUUAUAAAAAUCUAAGUUUGAAAUUAAAUAUUUAGGUUGUCAUUUAUAAAACUGUCAGCAAGCUAAGUAUUUAUUUACCAAACUAAAUAUUCUUCCUGCGAUGGACUGGCAGACCAUCCACGGCGCUAGCUUCAUAUUUUUUAACUGCAAACUGUCAUGAUUGUGCACUUUUUAGCUCUGUUUAAAUUUUCUUUUUGAGAUUUCAGUUAUACUUUGAUUAAUGUCUUUAUGGGUUUUUUUUGUUCAUUGUAUUCAAUUUAAUUUUGUGUCAUUCUAGCUGUUUUUCUGAUUGUAUUUGAGUUCUUAUGUAUUUCUUUUUUACUCUCUGUUACCCUAUUGUGUCAGUCUAUUUUCCCUUAGCUCCUUUCGAGUUCCCUCUGUCCAUACCUGCUCCCAAUCAGUUGAUUACUCCAUUCUUUGUUCUGCUUGGUAUUUUUACUCCUCUUCUGCAGUUACUGAGGGCUGAAUUAUCUUCAUUCCCUCCUCAUGUGUUCUCCUUUGUUAUCAUUCCUUUAUCCCUUAUUCGGUUAUUUUUGGAUUUAUGCUUCAAUUGCCACCGUUGGUAAUUAAAUCUGCAAGAAACCAUCUCAGCUUCCUUCUCUGCAUUUGGAUCCUCUAAAAACCUCCACACAACCUGACACAAGAUAAAUAUUUAUUUAUCAAACUAAGAAUUUACUUUAUAAAAUAACUAAUCAACAUAAUAAACAUUUAGUUUGGAAAAUAAAUAUUUAGCUUGCUAACAAAUCUUUUAACUGAGAAUCUAAAUAUUUAGUGAACUUUGAUUCUUAUAAAUAGAUGAAUGAUAUACGGCAAAAAAAUGACUCCCUUAUUGUUCUCUUAAAACAUGCUAAAUAACCAUAAAUAUUGCAAUUAAGUUUUGACUGCUUAACAUUACAAACUAUACCCAAUAACUUCAUUGUUAACACAGUGAAUACAUGUCAGCAGAAAAGGAAGCCCAAACCAUCAGCCCUCCACCACCAUGCUUGACUAUUGAAUAUACUUUGGUCUAAUUUGACCAAAGUACAAUAAUCUAUUAGAUUUGUGUAUAUUUAGAUUGAAGUGCAAACAUCGACAAUGUGUUUAGAGAAAAAAGACAUUUCUCUUUGAAUCGAUCUCAUUCAGCUUUUCUUAUUAUCUACCUUUACUUUAACAAGCUAGCUUUGGCCUAUACAUUCUAAGAAAGGGGCUUCUGGUUUAUCCUUCUAUCCACUGUAAAGUGUAAAUUUUUGGGUAGAUUUAUUUUGAAUUGCAUGCAGAUCGGCUGCUGUUUUCCUUGUAUUAUUUUU